AUGGCUGAGCAAACAAACUCUUCUUCCGUUGUUCCUUUCACUGUUGAAUUUGAUCCUCGUAGCCCUUACUUUCUCACCAACGCUGAUAAUCCUGGAGUUCUUCUGGUCAGUGAAAAAUUAGACAAUCGCAACUAUCAUUCGUCGUCAUGCUCCAUGUUUCUUUCCUUGAAGGCUCGCAACAAGCUUGGCUUCAUUGAUGGCUCACUUCCUCUUCCAACAACAACUGAUCCUCUAUUCUCUCCAUGGAGUAAGUGUGACACAAUUGUGCUCUCAUGGAUGUUGAAUUCUCUAUCCUUGAAGAUUGCUCAGAGUGUCAUACAUGUGGAUUCAUCCUAUGCAUUGUUGCUUGAACUGAAGGAACGUUUUUCACAAGGAAAUGGUCCUCGCAUCUUCGAAUUGCAAACUGCAAUCUCUGCCCUACGUCAAGACCAGAAUGAUGUUAGCACAUACUUUACAAUUCUCAAGAUACUAUGGGAUGAACUUUUGAAUUAUCAACCCUUACCUGUCUGUUAUUGUCAAGGAUGCAAGUGUAAUUCUUCUAAGGUUUUUGCUGCACAUCAUCAUAAAAAUUAUGUUAUGAAGUUUCUUAUGGGACUCACCGAUGCUUUUGAUAAUGUUAGAGGUCAGAUCUUGAUGAUGGAUCAUCUACCUUCAAUUAACAAAACCUUUUCUCUUGUUAUACAAGAAAAGAGACAAAGACUUGUUAGUAAUCGAAGCAUCUCCUUAGCUUCAGUUGAAUCCGUGGUUCUAGCUGCCAAAACUGACGCUGGUUUUAAAAAUUUUAAGGCUAAUCCAUGA